AUGGACAUUCUAUCGAAGAGGCCGGAGAUUGAGGAUGUUUUGCAGCGAGGCCUCCUCAGAACUGUUGCUGGCUCCGACAUCUUACAAGGAUUUGGGUCGGUUUUCCGUAAAGACAUGCACCUGGAUGAGGAUGUGAGCACCCAAGCCUUUGAAGUCGAUAUCUUUGUGAGCCAUUCCUGGUCCUCGGAUGGAUGGCCCAAGUAUCUGGCACUGUGCCGCGUGCUGAACCUGGGCAAGGCCCUGGAGGCCGUGGCCUUGGUUCUGGUCCUGAUUUUUUUGGCAGCCUCUUGCCGUGGCAUCGGUCGACGAAGUGGCUAUGACAGAGACACCAUUUUCUUCGUAGCUGUUUCUUGGCUUGUGGUGCUGGGCAUCUUCUUUCAAGUCCUCUUCUUGGGUCAGCACGCCACGUGUGGAGAACGCAAGCCGACGCUGUGGCUAGACAGGCUAUGCAUCGAGCAGACGGACGCUCGUCAGAAAGCGUCCGGCAUCGCAGCCCUUCCUGUUUUCGUUGCACGGUCUUCGCAGUUCCUUAUGUUGUAUGAUGAGUCAUACCUGGACCGUUUGUGGUGCAUUGUGGAGUUGGCCACCUUUGUGAAAAAAUCUGGUUGCGAGCCCGUCCACUUCGUGCCGUUGUGGCUGCCGCGUUGGCUUUUAACUACCAUGCUGCUGGACAUCCUGCAAGGCUGUGUUUGCAUUGCUGCUCUCCUAGUAUGGAGCUGGUCCUCACCACAGGAAUUGUCACCACUUGCAUCCGACCGUGGGCUCAACCAUUUCUUGAACAACCUUCUUCUGGUCUUGAUCUUGCUUCCAGGCUACAUUGUUGUUCUAGCGCCGUCGAUGUGGGCGCUGGGCCAGAAAGCCCAGGGCCACGAAGAGAUGCUGCAGCAGUUCGCAGCCUUCGAUAUCCGGAGAUGCAAAUGUUCGGAUCCGUCCGACCGCCAGCCGUUGGAAACGCUGGUAAAUGAGCUUUUUGCGUCGACUGUAUCCGCAGGUGGGUCGGCCGUCUGCUCUGUCUCGGAGGCUUCCGGCACAUCCAAAGAGGUGACCUCCCUCUCAGAGGCGGAGGAGAGUACUCCCCAAGAUAGGUGA